AUCAGCGGGCGAUGCACUGUGACCUCGUGUCCCUUGCUGCUUGUCUCCGGGCACCAGCAGAGCCUGGGCCAGUCUGGCUCGUGCCUGGGCUCCUGCCGAGCGUGCCUGCGAGGUCUGGAGGGUCGAGCAAGGUUUCUCCUGGUGCUGGGUGGUGCUUUGGUGGCUGCCAUCGGCAGCUCUCAGUGCCCAUCCCAGAACCAUGCCCUGUGUUUCCCCAGCCCUGCCUGGUUCAGGCAGCUGGGCACCGCGGGGUGCGCUUGCAGCAGCGGAGCGCACGACAGCCGCCGCUGCAGCGCCAGCAAGAGGGAGCAGCUCCUUGUCCUCAGCGCUUCCCAGCUCACCUCAGCAUGCAGAGAGCAUGGCCACCGAGAGCGAGUGGAGCUGCCCCAUCUGCUGCGACGAUCAAGACGACAUCGCCUACAUGUCGCCUUGCCUCCACCAGUUUUGCUUAGGCUGUGCACUGCGCUGGGUACAGCAGAAGCCAAACUGCCCCCUGUGCAGGUCGGGGACGACGGCCAUCUUGUUCUCAGUGCGGUCGGAGGAUGAUUUUUUGACAUUGGAUGUCCCAAGCCUCAGAGAGCCAAUGGCUGAAGACCACCAGGAUGAGCAGGGGCCUGCGGGGCUGGUGCCCUGGGCUCAAGUGGGCAGCUUCCCUCCUGCGGUCUGGGCGGACUUUUUCAAGAGCCACCCCAAUAACAUCAGGCCCCUGCUGCCCUGGGUGCGACAUGAGCUCGGGGUGCUCUACGAGGAGCAGUGGUGGGAGGUGGCUGCCGCGGAGGGGAUCAUUGUGGCCCACCUGUGCCUCUGGGGUCUGGAUGAGGAGGUGUUGGUGCAGAAGCUGCAGAACUGCCUUGUCACAACACACGCGGACAUUCGUCCCCCGGCUCAUCACCGCCGCCGUUCGCCUGUGCGGCUGGGCGGUCCGCCAGCACCUGGGCCAGCAGGACCCCCGCGCUGCCGGCGGGGAGGACAACGGCCCUGCAGCCAGCCCCAGCUCCACGGCCUCCCCGGGGUGGACUCCCGCUCCCCACCCGGCCUCCUCCAGCAGCGCUGCAGGCCCCGACGUGGAAGAGGAAGCCAGCACGUCAGAGGCCACCCUCCGCGGGGGUCCCGACAGCCGCCCAUCUGCGCCCUGUCCUGCAGAGCAAGAUCAGCCCCAGGAGGAGCCGGGGGAGGCGGCGGCGGCAAAGCUCGGUUUCAGUCGUCUUUGGAAGCAGUGAAGAAGCCGGGUGUGGAAGGCAGCGACCGGCCAAGGAACAGGCUGAAUAAUCCCAUGAGUUCCCCUGUUUCGAAGGCUUCUCGUGUUCAACAGCUGCUGACAGCACCAGUUCUUCAGUGCUCGCAUCUGGCGUGCUAG